AUGGCCUUCCCCAGCUCUGGUUUGAAGAGAAAGCAACCGUGGUGUCCAUCGAUGUCGCCGUGCUCCUGUGUCUUCGUGGCUCUGCUGUCCCUCCUCCUCGCUCCAGCAUUUGGACAACUAGACCUCAACCGUUUGGAUGGCGAUACCGUCUGCCCACCAAUGAGAAACGGACAAGAUGACCUUCCAGGUUUUGAUCUGAUCACGCAGUUCCAGCUGGAUGUGAUCCCUCUGAAAGGUGUGAGGAAGGUGGACGGCUCCACAACCCUCCAGGUGGCCUACCGCCUCGACAAAGAGGCCAACUUCCAAAUUCCAACCAUGCUAAACUUUCCUCGCGGCUUCCCCGACGAGUACUCCUUCAUGGUGACUUUCCGCAUGAUCAAAAACACUGUGAGCAAAGUGUGGAACGUCUGGCAAAUAGUGGACGAAGACGGCAACAAACAAGCCGGACUGAGGCUGAACGGCGACCAGCAGGCUCUGGAGUACUUCCUGAUGGGCGCCGAUGGCAACUUGCAGACCGCCACCUUUCCCGGCCUUUCUGUGCUCUUCAACACCAAGUGGCACAAAGUGAUGAUCGGCGUGGAGCGCGACCAGGUCACUCUGUAUGUGGACUGCCAGCCUGUGGAUCAGAGACCCAUCAAGGACAAAGGCCCAAUCAACACAGAGGGAGACACUCUUAUUGGCAGACUGGAUUAUGAUCCUGACGCCUCCGUAGUGUUUGAACUCCAGUGGAUGUUGAUUCACUGCGACCCGAAGAGGGCCCAGAGAGAGAGCUGCAACGAGCUGCCUGCCACCGAGAUGUAUGCCAAUGCUGAGCCUGACAGAUCAGUCCAAGGCCCCCCUGGAACGACUGGCCCAGAGGGCCCCCGAGGGCCCGGAGGAGAAAACGGCAGAGAUGGAAGAGAUGGUCUUCCAGGUUCUACUGGCAGUCCAGGGACUUCUGGCAGCAAAGGGGAGCAGGGGGAGAUCGGUCUUCCUGGACAUAGAGGCCUGCCUGGCCUUCCAGGAGCUGGUGGUUCUUCUGGUCCAAUGGGUCCCAGAGGGUCUGUAGGGGAGAGAGGACUUCCUGGCUUUCCUGGACUUCAAGGUCCUGCUGGCCCAACAAGUGAAGGACCCGCCGGUUCUCCGGGGAAACCAGGAAUCCCAGGAGAUGAAGGAAACAUCGGGCCUGAGGGUCAACCUGGAGGCAAAGGGGAGGCCGGCAUCCCAGGCGUUCCGGGCGUUGCUGGUCCACCAGGGCCUGCGGGACCGCCUGGUGCCAGCAAUGAGGAAAGUGGGGAACCUUGUCCUGCUGCCUGCCCCGCUGGCCCACAGGGAAUGGCUGGGCUGCCAGGGAUAAAGGGACACACAGGUUUGGCUGGUGACGCUGGAAAAGAUGGGGUACCUGGAGACAAGGGAACAGAUGGAGAGCAAGGUCCUCAGGGACCACCAGGUCGCAUGGGAGAUGAUGGGCAAAGAGGGCCGAUUGGAUUCCCUGGAACCCUGGGAGAAAAGGGAGAUAGAGGUCCUCCUGGCUUCAAUGGUGUCACAGGACCUACCGGCCCACCUGGAGCUCCUGGCGUGGAGGGAAUCCGUGGUCGUCAGGGUUUGGAGGGGCCUAAGGGCGAGGAUGGAGUUGUGGGAUCUCAAGGAGAGCAGGGUCCUGCAGGGGAAAAGGGAGACGGGGGAGAUGCUGGUAAAGACGGCUUGGAUGGACUUCCUGGAGCUGAUGGAGUCAAGGGAGAGGCCGGUACUGCUGGAGCUGUUGGUGUCAGGGGGAUUGUUGGUAUUCCAGGGCUGCCAGGGAAGCAGGGAGCAGUUGGACCCUCUGGUGCAGAGGGUGAUACUGGUACUGAAGGACCCGUCGGGCCCGUUGGACUUCCUGGAAAGAGCGGGGAUCCUGGAGAAGAUGGAAAAGAUGGGAAAACAGGAGAUAAAGGAUCCACUGGUGAAACAGGAAAACAAGGGCCAGUGGGGGUUACAGGUCCUCAAGGCAUCCAGGGUGACAAAGGAGAUAAAGGUGACACUGGUGCACAAGGACUAAAAGGUUACACUGGACACAAAGGUGAUCAGGGGGCGAUUGGACCAAUGGGACCAAAAGGAAGUCAGGGGGACACGGGUGUGCCAGGAGAUCUGGGGGUGAAGGGAGACCAGGGACCUUCUGGUGUUACUGGAAUCAAAGGAGAGCAUGGCGAGAAGGGCACACGAGGAGCUACAGGAGACGGGGGCAGACCAGGCCAGACGGGCCACGAGGGUUUGGCUGGUCCGAUGGGAACUCGAGGGCUGGAUGGAGAAUCAGGCUUACCUGGGUCACCAGGCCCCAGAGGUCUACCUGGCCCAAAAGUGAAUGAUGAGAAGCUUCGUGAAAUGUGUUCAGCCGUUGUUGAAGAACAAUUACUAGAGUUUAUGAAAGAGUUCCUGAAGAAGCCAGCAGCCAUUGGUUCCCCUGGUACUCCUGGACCUACAGGACCUGCCGGCCCCACUGGACCAGCAGGAGUUGCAGGAGCAGAUGGGGCUCCGGGGGGUACGGGGGCCAAAGGCCAUCCAGGCUUCUUUGGACUUCCAGGUGCACCGGGCAAGAAAGGUGAUGCCGGAGAUAAGGGAGAUAAGGGAAACAAGGGGGAGGACGGUGUAGGAAUCAAAGGAAGCCCAGGCGCAGCAGGUGCACAAGGUGCACCAGGCAAUCCUGGCAUUGGCCAGGAUGGCAGAGACGGAGAACGUGGGGAGGCAGGAAGUUCCGGUGUCCCAGGCGCAUCCGGUCCAAGGGGACCUUCAGGGUCGCCCGGGCUUUGUGAUCCAUCAACCUGUAUAAGCAGACUUCCACCUUUCUACAUGGUCAGUGGGAAAAAGUCCGCCAGCUACAAAAACCCGUGAGACAUCACAGCUCAUGGACACACUCCAGAUCUCAUCCUGCAGUGAUCACGUUUCAGGAUCUUUGGGAGUCCUUCCAAGCCUCCAUCUGAACCAUGGAUCCAAGAGACACAAAGGGAAACAGAGACAAGGCACAAUUGUAGAAUACUGUAUAGACGUUUUAACGUGUAUGUGAUUUUAGUGAGGGCUUAUCUAACGUUCAAAGAUAGCUGAAGCCAAAGCAACUUCUUCCAGCUGACGACAGGCACACAUGCCCACGAGUUGUCCCUUACAAACCUGUGCAGUUACAACUAAAGAUGCAUUAUCUUCAGGAAAACACAUAUCAGCAGGUUGUAAAGUAUUAUAGAUGUACAUCCCUCUGAUUUCCUCUCAUGCAUAUACUUCUUCAUUCCCUUGAAUAAGCUCCCUGUCUACAGCAUACCAGGAGUCAUUCUGACCCGAUGCUUCUCCGCUGCAGUCACGAGCCAGUUAGGAACAGAAUUUGGGUCUUUGCUUCCAAAACAAAACGACAAAAGAAUCAAAAACUUCACUACAAGUGCAGACCUGAGCUGACAUCUCCAACAAUGUGCUUUUU